AUGGCCACCAAACCAGCCUUAUACCAGUUCCCAAAGCUCUUUCGUCGUCUUACGAAUCAAAAGCAACAUGCCACGAAGCAUUUUAUUGAUCUACGUGAAAAAAAGUCGCAUCGCUUGGAAAGUGGAUCGGUUAUCAUUCAAGGACUCAAAAUGCUAAGAGAGCUACGAGACGAUCAGUUCAAAAUGCGUUCUAUUGUUGUCACUGCCGAGAAGGAACCUCAUAGCGAGAGUGAUAUCAAGCAUCCAGCGAUUGAUGUGCUACGCAACCCUGAUGCUUUUCCUGCAAAAUCAUACUAUGUGUGCGACGUGGACUUGACAAGGCGUAUCCUGGGAACGGCGUCGCGACCCAAUCGACAUGAGAUUUUUGGUGAAGUGGAACUCAAGCAUCAUACCAUUCCAAAGGACAUCGAUCGAAUGCUUAUAUUCAACCAUGUCAACGAUCCUGGCAACCUUGGGAAUCUUGUGCGUACCGGUUGUGCUCUCGGAUGGAAUGCCGGAUUAAUCACCACAGGGACAUGUGAUAUGUAUAAUGACAAGACUGUACGUGCAUCCCGAGGAAUGACAAUGCGAUGGCCACACAAGCUUGUACCGAUCCCUGAACUUAUCGACUAUCUCAAAGCUCAUAACAUGGUACCUGUGGUAGCGGAUAUGUUACGAUCUUCAGCAUCCGAUUUAUGGUCUCCGAAUCCACACGCCGGCAAACCAACAUUAGGAUCAGGUCUCUGGUUUUGGAAUUUCAAGGAUAAACCAAGAGAGCUACCUCGUAGACCCGCUUUGAUCUUGAGCUCGGAGCACAACGGUGUCCAGGGCUUGGAUGAUGAAUUACGGGUAUCCAUUCCAAUGGCAACCGGUGUCGAAUCUCUCAACGUGUCUGUUGCAGGUAGCUUAAUUAUGCAAGAAUACAAUAGACUACUACUAGAGCAACAAUAA